UGGCGUAUCGAAUCAGAGAUGCCAAUAAUGUGUGGAUUUCAGCAGUGCUUGUGUUCCGUGUUGUGUGGGUGUUAGCUGACAUUUCACCUAUAUCAACAGACUUCACGGAUCGCGUAAAUUCUGUUGUCAACAACUUUGUCAUGGUUAUGGACGUCGUCACGUCGUGGGUCAUUGUACGGCGUUACGAUCAAGAUAACAAAUGUCCACAAGGAACAGAUGGCUUCAGUUCACCACCUAUCCCUAUACAUUUAAAUCAUGACUCAAAUUUUAUGGAAAUUAAAACGGAAAUAAAAAACUGCUUAGGGCUCCCACAAGAUGGUUUUGAAGUGAUUAAACUAAGGAAUAAAGACGGCACGCUAAUAACAUUGUCAACUUUACUGCAAGGGAACUCUGCAUCAAAUCCGUACUACUUGGAUAUUGCUCGCAUUCAUCAAAAUACCCCAGCUUCCCCGCGAGUGGCAUUCUCUCCUACGUAUAUUGAAACAGUGAAAAAUAAGCUCGACAGUCUGGAGAAGCGUGUGUCCUGUGUCGAAUCGUUAGUUCCAGAACUCCGCACACAUCGCUUGGCAACAAUAGAUCGUACUAUGCAACAGCUGUCGUCGAAGGUUAAUUUCCUAGAUAAAAGGUUGGAAGAGCUCGCGCCCAUGGAAUGGAAAGCUCAUUUUCCGCAUACUUGAAGUAUUUUAUUAUGUGUUUGGUUUACACUUAAAGGUAGGGAGCUUUGUGUGUGUGGCUCUUUUUUUUUUCACUAAGCUGCAUUUCUCGUGACACAUCAGUUUGUAUAUUGAUGGUAGAUAGCAUAGCUUAACGUAACUAAUUUGUAUUUUACAUAUAUCAUUGUAGCUAUAUGGACACCGAAGUGAUGUGUCAGUUACCGUAUGUCACGUACUACAGCAGGAUGUUGUCGCUUAUGCUGAGUGAUACUAAUCUUUACAUUGAAAGUCCAUCAUGUUUCUUGAAUUAUGGAAUUACAUAAGUGUUUCAGCAUUAAUCAAGUACGCCUUUAACCUAGACAACAUUUGUAAUUGUACGCCUUUAAUCUAGACAACAUUUGUAAUUGUUAUCUAAUAAUAAAGAUUUUUUAACGCACUAAA